CCGUCCUUCAUUGUUGCUAUUUGGUACCCGGUGUGUUUGCGUUUUUCUUUGGCUCUUGCGUGAAGUUUCGCCGUAGCCAGUUUUUAACAAAUUCAGCCGCGAAAGGGACAGGCCGACGGACGUACAAUUAAUUAACGGACACAAGGAGGCGGUGGGGGCAGCAGGUGGUGAAGAUGGAAAAUUUGGAGGAAGUAUUACAGGCGCUGGACGAAUUUCAGAAACUGCGUCCGACCGAGAUACCUCGGGAGCUCGAGGAUUAUUUAUGCUGGGUCGCAAAGACCGGCGACCCCGUCUAUCAGUGGUCGCUGAUCAAAACGUUGUUCAGAGAGAAGCUGACCCGUGUAAUGACCGACUUUUACGAGAGCUGCCCGAGCCUCGAUCUAACGCCCUGCCCGAACGUCGAGCAUUUCAAUUACGACACGAUGAAGAGCAAUCUCCUGGAACGUUUGGAAUCGUUCGCAAACGCGCCGUUCACCGUUCAACGGAUCUGCGAACUGUUGACGUCACCCCGUAAGGAAUACAAUAGGGUUGACAAAUUUAUGCGGGCUAUCGAGAAGAAUAUCUUAGUUGUUUCUACUAGAGAACCUGGGCCAAUAGCCAGGAGGAACGAGAACGGCGACGGCAUGGUCAACGGAUCUGUGGAUGAGGACACGUCUGCGACGCAGCCUCCUCAAGACGUAGAGAUGGAGUAUUGGGAGAAGGACUGUUCCUCGACAGUUACAAUUAGCGUGCAUAACGUGGAGAACGAAUCGCCGUUGUUGCACACCGUCGUGUCGAGCACCACUGUAGUAAAGAAUAUGUUUGGUACAGAGGAACUUUCGCAAGAGAAGACAGAAUCGACGGCUUCCAAGUCAGAGAUCGUUGUAUCUAAUUUCAUACCGACCGCUUCGGAGUUCACCGGUGUUACCAAUUUAAAUUCUCAAGCGCAGACCCAGGACUCGCAGAUAGGGUCCACGAUACAGAAUCUGUCGACCAUAGUUCCUGAAACUUCGGGUAUCGUCAGCGAUGGCGUCUCGGAGGCAAUGAUGAACGAAGAUACCAGCUCUCAGCCUAGCUUAGAAUUGGACAAUGACAGCAGCGACGUGGAUCCCUCGAGAAAAUUACAGACGACUUUCCAGACGAAAGAUUUUACAUCCCAUGAAAAUAAAUCAAAGUUCUAUGUAGAUAAUUCUAAGGUAAAUGAGAAAACGGAGAUCGGAGUUGUUCCGAUGCAUGUACACGAAGGAUCUGGUGAGAGCAACGAUGGAUUAUCCAAGGAGAAUGUCGAGCCUAAAACGGUGAUCGAAAGUAAAGAGUCGGUCAAUCCGAUUGUUGAGAAUCUCUUGAAUACUGACGAAAAUUUGGACGAUUCGUUGAAGUCAGACACCGAGGUAGAAAAUACUCGGCCUGCUAUUAAUACGUCUGAUUCAAACAUUGAACGUAAGGAGCCUUUGGAGAACGACAGCAUAGAAGACAUACAGACGGCUACGACCAACAGUACGGAACAGUGUGCUAGUAGUUUAUUUUUGCCCAUGGACGCUACGAAUACGGAGGAAACUGCGAAUACACCUGAACCUGUGGACCCAAAGACUGUGAAGGAUCAGAGCACAGAAAUGGAAUUAGAAGAAGAUUCGAAGCCCGUAGUAGAGGAACCGUGUCCGAAGGACGAAGCGACAGAGAAUUUCAACUGUAAUCGAGGAAAAGAAAGUGUGACGAUAACGGAAGUUGCGGCCGACGAAACCACAGUAAUAAAAUCUAUAGUACCUGACCCAAUUCCUAUAGUCCAAGAACCAAAAGAGGAACCGAUACACACCGUCAACGCGAACCAGGAUACACCUUCGAUCGCGGAUGUCUCGGAAGAUUUAGAAAAUCAAAAUCUCAUGGCGACGUGUCAGUCGGAUAACGAUGUAAAAAUGCCAGUUGAGGACACCAUAGCAGAACUACAAGGUAACGACGCGACUCCUGUUCUAAACAAAGUAGAGGAUAACGAAACGGUAACAGAGAACGUUAUGAGUAAAAAGGGUCAGGAUGCAAUGGAGUUAAUGGAUGUCGACGAGGAAGAAACGUUAUCUGAAUUUCAGCAAGGCAAUGAAUCCAUAAAACAAGAAGCAGCACAAUCAUCUAGAAGUUAAUACCAUGUAACAAAGAGAUUCUAUUCAUCUUUGUUUUUUUUAAAAAAAAAGGAAAAGAAAGAAGAAUGAUUGACGCAAGGGUGAAGAAGUAUCUCGAUCGAUUUGUACGACUUCCUUCGAGUGUUUUGAUAUGUAAGAUGUACGAAAAGAAACGUUGGGUGAUUCACGAAGGAAUUCUCUAAUCCUAUAUACACAUUGUUUUCCGUUUCGCUGAUUUUACACUCACCGCUGAGA